CAAACAUUUCAUUGUCUAGCUAUGGAGUAUCUGAGGAAAGAACCUAGUCCCUCUGAGAGUUCUUCAUGCUUAGUUUCGACACCGGAGGCGCCUCCGGGUGUAGAUGACUGGGAAGGAGAGGCGAAACCUAGGUUCCAUAUAGAUCUAAAUGUUGUCACUAGUGAUUGUGAUCGUGGUUUGAAUCAAGAGGAGCUCAACCUUAUCGAUUCUUUGGAUACCGACGGUGGCGGCCAGCAACGAUUUUUCUCGUGCAACUAUUGCCGGAGGAAAUUCUACAGUUCACAGGCUCUCGGGGGGCACCAAAAUGCACACAAGAGGGAGCGGAUUUUGGCGAAAAGAGAGAAAAGGAUCGGAGCUCACAUGGCAGCCUCGGCUGCUGCUUUCGGGCAUCCUUUUUUUCAUUAUCAAAACCACUAUUCGAGCUUGGCUCCUCUUCCACUAAACAGUGCAUACAAUAGGUCUCUGGGAAUUCAGGUGCAUUCGAUGAUCCGUAAGCCUAAUAAUCCUCACAUCUCUUAUGGACGCCAUAGUUGGUCAAGGCCUCCCAUAGACCAACAACCGGCGAUAGGGAAGUUGUCGACCGAGAAUUCGACGUCUCGAGCGAGUGUCGGUCGGUUCAACAACGUAAUGAGGACGAUGAUGGGCGAUUCUCCUGGUGAUGAAAUCAUGGGGAGUUGUUGGUGGUCGGGCCAAGCUGCUCUGCAUACUAAGCAGGAAGAUCAGAUACACAAAGUUGACCUUUCCCUCAAGCUCUAAACCAGUGUUGUGUAUUUUAAUUAAGAGCAUUUCGUUAAAAUUACGGAUGUCUAUACGUAGACAUGAAUAUGUAACGUAUCCUAGUUUUUCUGGAGUCACCUUCACUAAUCGAUCCCCCAAUCUAAACAAG